AAUAAAGUUUAGGUUUUCUAAAAGAUCCGAACAUAUUCGCGUUAUAAAGUAGAGUAUUCAGGCUGACGAGGCUGCGUAUUUUUUCCGCGUACUCCCGAAACACCCAAUCUUUUACCCCUCUCGUCGAAUCGGCAGCGGCGACAGGACAUCGGGCGGCGGCGGCGGCGGCGGCUGGACAGCCGCAGAACGAAGGAAGGGCCCCGUGUAGCGCUGUUCCUCGUCCCGAUCCGCACGGAUCCGCCCCCACAUAAGGGCCCCGUGCACAAGGAACAAAGAUGAUAAACCUUUUCAAGAUCAAGGGGCAGAAGAACGAAGAGGCGGCGAACUCGAAAGGGGGGCCUCCUGUCAAGAAGCAAAGUCCUGGGGAAUUACGUCUCCAUAAAGAUAUUGCUGAGCUUAACCUUCCAAAGACAACUAAAAUUUCUUUUCCAAAUGGAAAGGAUGAUCUCAUGAACUUUGAGGCCACUCUACGUCCUGAUGAAGGAUACUAUGUAGGUGGGACAUUUACUUUCACCUUCCAAGUAUCUCCUUCCUACCCUCACGAGGCUCCGAAGGUCAAGUGCAAGACUAAGGUUUACCAUCCUAAUAUUGACCUAGAAGGAAAUGUCUGCCUGAACAUUCUGCGUGAAGACUGGAAGCCUGUCUUGAACAUCAACACCAUAAUAUAUGGUUUAAACCUUCUUUUCUCACAACCCAAUGACGAGGACCCCUUGAAUCAUGAAGCUGCGGCCGUCCUCCGAGACAACCCACAGAAGUUCCAGAGAAAUGUUCAAACGGCGAUGUCGGGAGGCUAUGUUGAUAAUACCCAUUUCCCAAGGUGCAAGUAAGGUCUGCUAUGUGGAGCUCUGGUUCCGACUCUUGCCCAAUUACCCUGAAUGCCGUUGCACAGUCUGAAGGAUGUGGAAUGUACCCAGGAAAUGUAUCGCAUUUGUGUUAGACGUGACUGUUAUUAUGCUUGUUUGGUGGAUGUACCGGAGUCAUGCAUGUUGAAGAAACAUGCUAAGCAGAAAAAAAAACUCGCCUGUUAUUGAGCUGAAAA